AUGGACUAUGACUUUAAAGUGAAGCUGAGCAGCGAGCGGGAGCGGGUCGAGGACCUGUUUGAAUACGAGGGCUGCAAAGUUGGCCGAGGCACUUAUGGUCACGUCUACAAAGCCAAGAGGAAAGAUGGGAAGGACGAUAAAGAUUAUGCUUUGAAACAAAUAGAAGGAACUGGGAUCUCUAUGUCGGCAUGUAGAGAAAUAGCAUUACUUCGAGAGCUGAAGCAUCCAAAUGUCAUCUCUCUUCAAAAAGUGUUUCUGUCUCAUGCUGACCGGAAAGUAUGGCUUCUGUUUGACUAUGCUGAACAUGACCUCUGGCAUAUAAUCAAGUUUCACAGAGCCUCUAAAGCAAACAAAAAGCCAGUUCAGUUACCUCGGGGAAUGGUGAAGUCACUAUUAUAUCAGAUCCUAGAUGGGAUUCACUAUCUACAUGCUAACUGGGUGUUGCACAGGGAUUUGAAACCUGCUAAUAUUUUAGUUAUGGGUGAAGGUCCUGAGCGAGGAAGAGUAAAAAUUGCUGAUAUGGGCUUUGCUCGAUUAUUUAACUCACCUUUGAAGCCUUUAGCAGACUUGGAUCCAGUGGUUGUAACAUUCUGGUACCGAGCCCCAGAACUGCUUCUUGGAGCAAGACAUUAUACCAAAGCAAUUGAUAUUUGGGCUAUAGGGUGUAUAUUUGCAGAACUACUAACGUCAGAACCAAUAUUUCACUGUCGACAAGAGGACAUCAAAACUAGUAAUCCUUAUCACCAUGACCAGCUGGACAGAAUAUUCAAUGUAAUGGGAUUUCCUGCAGAUAAAGAUUGGGAAGAUAUAAAAAAGAUGCCUGAACAUUCAACAUUAAUGAAAGAUUUCAGAAGAAAUACGUAUACCAACUGCAGCCUUAUCAAGUAUAUGGAAAAACAUAAAGUUAAACCAGAUAGUAAAGCAUUCCACUUGCUUCAGAAAUUGCUUACUAUGGACCCAAUAAAGCGAAUUACCUCAGAACAGGCUAUGCAGGAUCCCUACUUCUUAGAAGAUCCACUUCCUACAUCAGACGUUUUUGCCGGUUGUCAAAUCCCUUACCCAAAAAGAGAAUUUUUAACAGAAGAAGAACCAGAUGACAAAGGAGACAAAAAGAACCAGCAGCAGCAGCAGGGCAAUAACCACACUAAUGGAACUGGCCACCCAGGGAACCAAGACAGCAGCCACACACAGGGACCCCCAUUGAAAAAAGUGAGAGUUGUUCCUCCUACCACUACCUCAGGUGGACUAAUCAUGACCUCAGACUAUCAGCGUUCCAAUCCACAUGCUGCCUAUCCUAACCCUGGACCAAGCACAUCACAGCCCCAGAGCAGCAUGGGAUACUCAGCUACCUCCCAGCAGCCUCCACAGUACUCACAUCAGACACAUCGGUACUGAGCUGCAUCAGAACCUUGUCAAUGCACUGUUGCUAAUGCUGCAGGGCUGACUUGUGCAGCUCUCCGAGGGAACCUGGUAUCGGCCAUGAGAAUGUACUGUACAACCACAUCUUCAAAAUGUCCAGUAGCCAAGUUCCACCACUUUUCACAGAUUGGGGUAGUGGCUUCCAAGUUGUACCUAUUUUGGAGUUAGACUUGAAAAGAAAGUGCUAGCACAGUUUGUGUUGUGGAUUUGCUACUUCCAUAGUUUACUUGACAUGGUUCAGACUGACCAAUGCAUUUUUUUCAGUGACAGUCUGUAGCAGUUGAAGCUGUGAAAUGUGCUAGGGGCAAGCAUUUGUUGUUGUAUGUGGUGAUUUCUUUCAGUGUAACAACAUUAUCUGACCAAUACAAUAGUACACCGACGCAAAGUUUAACUGGUACUUGAAACAUACAGUUUAUUUUAACUUAACAAAAUAACCAAGACUCAAAAUGAUAUUAUUUUGGUACACCUUUCUUUUUAGUGUCUUAUCAAUGGGUUGAUUCAUUUUCUGCUUUUAAUCAGUGUUUAUUGACAAGAAUCUUGCUUGGAUUUUUUUGAAAGUACAAAAAGCCACAUAGGUUUUCCAGAAAGGUUUCAAAACUUCCAAAGAUUAAUUUCCAACUUUUAAGUUUGUUUUUAUUUUCAAUCUAUGACUUGACUGGUAUUAAAGCUGCUAUUUGAUAGUAAUUAAAAAUGUUGUCAUUGAUAUAAACCUGUUUGGUUCAGCAAACAAACUAAAAGGGUUGUCAUAGACAGUGUUUUAUUUUUCCUGUUGGUGUUGCUGAUUUGUGAGCAUGCUUUAAAAUGAGAAAAGCAUGAAUGAUGACUUCCUUAAAAAAGGUGCGGCAUCCAGUUCAGAUACUUUGUCCUGAUUUUAAAGCUGGUUGGUGUAGUACUAUUAAAAUUUUUUUCAGUUAAUUUUCUUUUUAAAAACUUGUUCGCACGUUGUUUAGGAUGCCCUUACUUCAGCAAAGGAGGAGGAAUAGGAGAGCCUUAGAAUUUUUGAGGAAAAAGAAAAACCUAUAACAUACAAUGUACUGUAUCAAACUAUUUUACAUGAAUGACACAAGUAUUCUGAAUAAAAAAUAAUUGAACAUUGUUAAAAACAAGGUGUUAUGUAAUAAAUUUAUUUUUCAUAAAUCAAAAUAUGGAGUCAGCUGUAUUUUAUAUGUACCAAGGACUUUUUUUGUUUAAUAACUGGCCUGAAUAAAUCUCUUCCAUUGAUCAUUAUGUUCUACUUAAAUAAUUGAGUAAUGACUCUUUGAUAUGGAUUCUUUUCUAUUCUCUUAGGGCUGUGAUGUAAGCAGACACCUCCAAUUCACUGUCUGUAAUAAUAUCUAUCUGGAAUAAUAUUCUGAGGAGGAUUUGGCUUUAGUCCCAGAAUUUUUCUCCUCCUUUAGUAUAAAAUACAGACAAAUUUUAAACUAACACUUUUCUCAAAAUCUUAACUCAUUCACCCAAAAGCAUUUUAAAACAUUUGAAGAACUGAGAACUCUCAGUACUGAUAGACCCAACUGUAAGGAUUAAGAGUCAUUUUUAGGCAUUGGAUAUGUGUCUUAUUUGAUGUCUUCCCAUCUCAGUCCACUCAUUCCCUACAUAGAUCUGAUGAUGGGGUGUCCCAACUUAACUUUCAGAUACUCCCUGUAACCACAAAAUAGAGUAAAAGCCCUCUAAGGUUGGCCUCUUAGUCUUGCUUUUGCCUUAUAUC